AUGUCCACACCACCUCUGCCACCGCCGCAGCACAAAGACAAUCCAUCGGUACCGGAGCGUAAAGCGAAGGAAAAGAGCCGGUGGCAGGUCUGGGGCGAGUCCGUGGCCAACAAGGGCGUUGCAAUCAACGAUUGGGCUGCAGGAUAUGCCAACUCCGCAUCGAAGCGGUUGGGAGCGGAACGGUUCUGGCCGUCGUCGAACGAUUUUCCCGAGGAAGUGGAAAAGUGUGUGCGGAUUCUCCGCACGUUCACGGAAGAGGGCAUCGCCGUGCGUCAAGAUAAGAAGAGCUCCCCCAUUGUCAAAAAAAAAAUCCCGCCCCAGGUCAUUCGCGAUGCCAAAGGCAUCUGUAUCUAUACCAGUAUGAAGUCGGCCUUGGCGCCCUUCGGUGGUAUGAAUGGCACAGGUCUCCUGCUGGGCCGCCUGCCUGAUGGCUCGUGGUCGCCGCCGUCGUGUAUCUGCCCCAACUACUAUUCGGCCGGUUUUGUGAUCGGUCUAGAUAUCGUGGAUAUCAUCCUGAUUAUCAACACGGAGGAAAUGCUCAAUUCGUUCCGGACACACAAGUUCGCCAUCACCGCCGAGACGGUGGUCUCGUCCGGCCCGCUGGGCACGCCGCUGAACAGCAGCUUGGACAUCAAGACCAAGAUCUCGCCCAUCUACUCGUACGUGAACUCACGUGGCUUCUACGCUGGCAUUGAAGUAACGGGCCAGGCGUUCUUGGACCGAUUCGACGAGAACGAACGUGUAUACUACUGGCCUGGCAUCAAGGCUGGCGAUAUUCUGGACGGCAAGGUGAAAAUCCCAGAAGCGGCAGAGCCUCUGUACCGUGCUUUGCGCGAGGCCGAGUACGGUGUAGCUCAAGCCGGCGAGCUGGAAAAGAUAGAGUACCUACGAUCGAUGCCUACCGGCCCGAAUAACAAUGAGGCAUGGGAAGAGACUUUGGGCACACUGAAGGAAGGUGAACACAUUCAUUUGCCCCCCACGCCCGAGCAGAUGGAAGCGAUGGAGCGAGCAGGCAUUAAGGACGAGUUCGACGAGGCACUCGAGCGGAAAGAAAAGGAAGAAAUCCGUCGCUUACCGCCGCCACCAUCCCAUCCCUCUGUAUCACGACAGCGGCAAGCCAGUGGGACACGGAGCCUGCCACCUGUGGACGUCGAGGUGAAGGCCGUGACCACCGCGGAGAAGACGCCCCUGUCGUCUGAGACAGACAACGCGGACGCUGCCAAGAUAGUGACUGAGACGGAGACUACGAUAUAA